AUGGUUAAUACUUUGAGUAGCGCUGGUGAAGCAGCCGCGGAGUUCUCUACGAAUGGAGCUUCUCGACCCCACCAAACUGAAUCCUGGUCGCCAAGCUCCUGGACAACCAAACCUAUCAAGCAGGAUGCGGUCUAUGAGGACCGAAAAGCCGUGGAGAAAGCAAUCUCAAAGCUCGAACGUCUCCCUCCCAUUGUCACACCGACCGAGAUUGUCAAAUUGAAGGCAAGUCUGCGAGAUGUGGCGCUUGGUAAAGCUUUCCUCCUCCAAGGCGGUGACUGUGCUGAACUCUUUGAUUAUUGCGAGGAGAGUGCAAUUGAAUCAAAGAUCAAGUUACUGCUUCAGAUGAGUUUGGUACUCAUCUGGGGUUCUAACAAACCUGUCGUUAGAAUUGCGCGGAUGGCUGGGCAGUACGCCAAACCCAGGUCAAGCCCCACUGAGAUCGUCAAUGGCAAAGAGAUCCCAUCUUUUAGGGGAGAUAUUCUAAAUGGCUAUGAUGUCGAUGAAAGAGCCUUGGAUCCCUCCAGAUUAGUUAGCGCCUACUUCCAUUCUGCAAGCACUCUGAACUUUAUCCGAGCAUCACUCUCCUCCGGCAUUGCAGACCUUCACCGUCCACUUGACUGGGGUCUUGGCCAUGUUCAAGACCCAGAAUUGCAAGCAAAAUAUUCUAGCAUCGUGGCCUCUAUCACGGAAUCUCUUCGCUUUAUGCGAACCGUUGGGGCCGACACCGCUGGACAACUACAGACUGUUGAUCUGUACACCAGUCACGAAGGUCUGCUCUUGGAGUAUGAGCAAAGCCUCACCAGAAACCUAAGGAAACCGAGUUCCCAAUUCACACCCGUGACACCGGUGACACGUGACGUAAACGAUGACACCAAUGGUGGAAAGGCUUACUACAACACAUCUGCUCACUUCCUGUGGGUUGGAGACCGUACUAGACAAGUUGAUGGCGCACACAUAGAGUACUUCCGUGGCAUUGAGAACCCGAUUGGCGUCAAAAUUGGUCCUACGACCUCUUCUGCCGACCUCCUCACUCUUCUUCGUACUCUUAAUCCCUCUGUUGAGGUUGGAAAGAUCACACUCAUAACACGAUACGGUGCCACAAAAGUCCGCAGCCUCCUCCCUGCUCACAUCAGAACAGUGGAGGGAAGCGAGUAUGCUCGGAGUGUUGUCUGGCAAUGUGACCCUAUGCAUGGCAAUACGAGGACAACGUCAACCGGAAUCAAGACCAGACAGUUUACUGAUAUCUUCACCGAGCUAAAAGAGACACUAGCGAUCCACAAAGAAGAAGGCAGCUACCUUGGCGGUGUUCACCUUGAGUUGACUGGAGACGCCGUCACGGAAUGUACUGGAGGCAGUGAAGGGCUCAAAGACGACGACUUAUCGCUCAAUUACACUAGUUUCUGCGACCCGAGACUCAACGAGAAGCAAGCUCUUGAGAUGGCUUUCCUCAUCGCUGGACACUUUAGAGGCGAUGACUCGAAAUCGUAA